UCCAACUAUAGUGAUGAUAGCGGUCUGAUAGCAGACCCUUAUAGGUCCGCUGCAUGUUGUUUCGAUGUUUGAAAAAUGUAUCGGGUGAAAAUAGCCGUACGUAUCGUGCACGUGCUGGACGGUAUUCGUUCCCGUGGUCCGUAUGCGUAGUCCAGACCAUCCAUGCGAAAUUCUCUCGCCAGAACCGAACAUGACUAUCAGCAACAGCAAGGGAUACAUCUUGCACGAAGGCCCUGCGUACUCGUUGGCGCUGAACAAGGAGCAUACCCACGUAGUGGUCGCAGGAAGGAACGUGUUCAAGGUGUUCCUCAUCGAACAGGGUGGCUUUAAGGAAUGCGUCAACUUACGAUGUGGCAAGACGUCCAGUGUGCAGAGCUCUUCGAGCAUGGAUGUUGCUUGGAACCCAACUGAUGACAAUGUCUUAGCAACUGCUACAACUGGUGGUGCUGUUGUAACAUGGAACUUAAACAGAUCUUCUAGAAACAAACAAGAGCAUGUUUUCUACGAUCAUAGGAGAACUGUUAACAAAGUGACAUUCCAUUGUGUUGAACCAAAUUUGCUUAUGUCCGGAUCUCAAGAUGGUACCAUAAAAUGUUUUGAUUUGCGAUUGAAAGAAGCUCCAAAAACUUACUCAAGUGAUUCUGAAAGUAUUAGAGAUGUCCAGUUUAGUCCACAUAAUAGUUAUGUAUUUGCUGCAGCCUCAGAAAACGGUACUAUUCAAGUAUGGGAUACUAGAAAAGCUGAAAAGUGUUUAAAUAAAUUUUCUGCUCAUAAUGGGCCAGUGUUCUCUUGUGACUGGCAUUCAGAACUUCAAUAUCUGGCAACUGCAAGUCGUGAUAAAACAAUCAAGGUAUGGAAUGUUACAAAUAAACCGGUUGCUGAAUAUACAAUUAGCACUAUUGCUCCUGUUGGACGUGUCAAGUGGAGGCCAUACCGUAGAUAUCAUUUGGCAUCUAGUGCUUUGGUUCUAGACUCUGCUAUUAAUGUUUGGGAUGUACGCAGGCCUUUUAUUCCUUACGCAUCAUUUGCUAAACAUACUGAUGUAGCAACUUGCAUUGCUUGGAAAGGAGAUCCUUUUGUACUUUUGUCUACCAAUAGAGAUAGUACUUUGCAUCAAAAUUUCAUUAGUGAAGCAGAUUUACCAUUGGAAAGUGCUAACCUACAAGGUAUGGCUAUCAAUAGAGAUGGAGAUUUGGUAUACUGUUGUCCAGUCAAUUUGAGUAAAGUUGAAGUGCCCAAACCUAAAGAAAAUUCCAGGAAAACUUCAACUACAACUAGCGGGGAAGAAGAACUAAACACAUCAAGCGAAAUGAAAGUAUUCCGUGAUCCAAAAAUUGUUACAUAUUUAUCUGAUGAUGCAGAGUGUAUUCAGAUGUGUGCUAUUCAGUAUAAACUUAGGGGAAGAUCAAUAGGAGAACUAUGUGAGCACAAUGCCAAUGUUGCUUCCAGUGUUGGAAGACCAACAGUGUUUUUAUUGUGGAAUGUGCUACGAAUACUAUAUGAUCGUAUAUCUCUAAUUUCUCUUAAGGAAGAUAUUAUGAGUAGUUCAAACAUAGAAAGCAGCUAUGAUGAUGAUGGAGAAGACCGAGCUGGGUCCAGUAGUGAUGAAGAUGGUCUCAAAGCAGAUAAACAGAAUCAGUUGGGCGAUUUCUACUUUGGUGAUGCAGAAAUCGAUCCUUUGGAUGCUGAGCACGAUCAAUAUGAUUGUCUAGGAUUGCAGAUGGACAGUAAGACCGUAGAAGAAGAUAAUGAUUGGGAAGUUCCUGCUGAAUCCAUUGCAUUGAGGCAUGAAAUUUCACAUCAGCCCAUAGUCGAUGAUCCCUACAUGCCUGAAUUAGCGUCUGUUUCUAAUAAAAUGAAUAAUAACAAUAUUUCUGCACCAUUAUUGAGAAUAACAUCUCCUGCAAAAUUUGAUGCCUGGAAUCCGUCCGAGAUAGUUGUUGAAGCUCUUCGUCAUCAUGUUGACCAAGGUGAUGUCCAAACAGCAGUUUGUGCAUUGAUUGUAUUAAGUGAUGAGAUUAGAAAUGAAUUGACCAAUCCCAAACGUCCUUGGCAUCUUUUACACGAUGAAAUUGAAUGUUGGUGGUUAAAUUACCUUGAAUUACUUAAACAAUUUAAGCUAUGGUCCUGUGCUACAACGGUGAUUCAACUAUCUCGCAUUCGUAACAUAUUACAAUUACAUCGAACUUCAACGUCAGUUUAUUUGAGUUGUGGUUGGUGUUCUAAAGGUUUAACUCGAAGUAGUCGACACUGUUACAACUGUCAACAUUCUGAAUGUGCUCGAUGUGCUCUAUGUCAAAGAAUUGUGCGAGGAAUGUAUGCUUGGUGUCGAGGAUGUGCACAUGGCGGACACAUUGGACAUAUGAAACAAUGGUUUAUGGAGAAUAAAUAUUGUCCAACUGGAUGUGGUCAUAUGUGUGAACAUUAGUGUUCGUAACAAUGGAAUUCCAGAGCCAUAUCAUAACAAAUAUUUCACCUGAAGUAAUGCCUAACGGUAACUACAGUUUGCGAGUGUAUUGCUAGUCUUAAAUAAAAAAAAAAGAGGAGAGCGACAAAUUUUCCUAACGUAACGUGUCAAAAUGUAACCGAUAUUCCCCCCCCCCCCCGCGUGCCAGUUAAUUAUGUGUAACUAUAAAUAUAUUAUAAAAAAAAUGUA